AUGGCGCUGGAAGCCGAGGCCAAGCGCAUGGUUGCGCAGUUCGAAUACUCCGCAGAAGAGGUGAACAAAGGCGUGAGAGAGUUCGUCCGGGAGAUGGAGGAGGGAUUGGCGAAGCAGGGGACAUCCAUAAGUCAGAUCCCAACAUAUGUCACCUCCGUUCCUAACGGCACCGAGAAGGGUGUCUAUCUGGCCGUUGACCUAGGCGGCACCAACUUCAGAGUAUGCUCCGUCACGCUGCACGGGAAUCAGUCGUUCUCGUUGCAGCAGUCGAAAGUCCCUGUCCCUCGUGCUCUGAUGGAAGCCAAAACCUCCCACGAACUCUUCUCGUUUCUGGCCAAACAAAUCGAGGCCUUUCUCAAGACACACCACCUGGACCAUUUCGAGAAACACAAGGCACAGCCGGGUGAGGUGGAUUACUUCGACCUGGGCUUUACUUUCAGCUUUCCUGUCAACCAAGUCGGCAUCAACAAGGGCAAACUGAUGCGCUGGACAAAGGGCUUCAACAUUGACGAAGCUUUGGGACAGGACGUUUGCGAGCUGCUACAAAAAGAGAUAGAUUCUCUUGGCCUUCCUGUGCGAGUUGCAGCUCUGGUCAAUGACACAGUCGGCACCCUCAUGGCAAGAUCAUACACUUCUCCCGGCAAGACCAGUACGCUGAUUGGUGCCAUCUUCGGCACUGGAACCAAUGGUGCAUAUGUUGAGAAGUUGGACAGGGUGAAAAAAAUGAAGGAGAUCGACGAUGCCACCGGAGGUGCAGCAAACUACGACGCAACGACUGGGCUCAUGGUCAUCAACACGGAAUGGGGCAGUUUCGACAACCCUCUCAAAGUCCUUCCCAAUACUCAGUAUGACAUUGAUCUCGACAAGGAGUCGGUGAACCCGGGCAUCCAGAUGUUCGAGAAGCGCGUGUCCGGCAUGUUCCUGGGCGAGAUCCUGCGGCGAGCUCUGCUGAGUCUAUAUCAGCAUCCAGAUGCCGGAGUGGCGUUGUUCAAAGACGAAUCGUCGCAUACCAACGAUAUUAGGAGUACCACAACGGUUGCCGACGACAGUCCUCUAUUUAAGCAGUGGGGGAUUGACACGUCGUUUCUGUCUAUUGUCGAAGAAGACCAGUCGGACCAUCUGCGCAUCACCAAGCAGGUGCUGGAGAAAGAGCUGAAAGUUGAGGCUGCUUCCACCGAGGAUUGUGUGGCGGUGAAGAUGUUGGUGCACGCGAUCGGUAAGCGCGCAGCAAGACUGGCUGCAGUUGCACUUGGUGGCGUGGUGCUGUCGACCAACAAACUACAAGAAGAUGAGACUGUGGACAUCGGCGUGGAUGGCAGUCUGGUCGAAUACUAUCCUGGCUUCGAGGAGUACAUACGAGAAGCAUUCAGGGAGAUUGAGGGCAUCGGGGAGGAGGAGAAGCGGAUAAGGAUUGGACUGGCGAAGGAUGGUAGUGGUCUGGGAGCUGCUCUCAUCGCCCUGGUCGCCCACAACGCAGAGCAGCCACUGUAG